AUGGCAAAAACCAGUGCUUAUCUUCUUCGUAAGAAGUCUAAAGCUGAAUUAGAGAAGGAAUUAGACGAAUUAAAACAAGAACUUUUGACUUUGCGUGUACAGAAAAUAUCUGGCGGUGCUGCUUCAAAAUUAGCAAAAAUCUCGAGCGUCCGUCGAUCUAUCGCUAGAAUCUAUACAGUCAUUAAUUUAACCCAGCGUCAGCAGCUUCGACUGUUUUAUAAGGGAAAAAAAUAUAUUCCCUUAGAUCUACGCUCCAGAAAAACAAAAGCAUCUAGACUUUCUUUGACCCGCCAUGAAAAACGGUUAAAAACCUUAAAACAGCAGAAGAAAUGUAAAUAUUUUCCUCAAAGAAUAUACGCUUUAGAGGUGAAUUGA